UUUUCAUUCAGAUGUAUAAUUUUAAGCUAAUACAAUUGCUAGAGAGUAAUAAAAAUUCAAGCUUAACCGGUUUCUGCUUCAAUUCAAUAAUUGGAAAAGUUUUUUUAUUAGGAAGCAGAAAAUUAUACAUAUUAAAUAAAGACAAUCCAAAUAUUCAGGAAAAUGCAAUAGAAUUGAUAAGAUUUCAGGAUGCCUUGGAUUUUUCAAAAUCUGAAAUAAAUUUGUUAUCAUUUGAUUUUAUCUUUAAUUAUGAUUCAUUAUGCCUAAUUUAUGGUGGAGAAAUAUCAAAAAUAUACAUGAUUUCUGGUUACAUUUAUAGAAACCAUAGUUUAAAAUGUGUUAAGGAUUUUGAGAGUUAUAAUAUCACUGCUUCAUCAUGGAGCUUGGAUCAAGAAAUUAUAAUAUUGACCACUAAUAAAGAUGAAAUAUUGGUAUUAAAUUCAGAAUUUGAUAUAAUUAAACAAAUGAUAUUAAACCCUUCAAAUAUAGGAGCAAAUGAACAUGUGUCAUUAGGAUGGGGAAGUAUGACAACUCAAUUUAAGGGCUCUGCUAUUACUAAGAAGAAUCUUAAAGCAACUGCCAAUACUUAUGACAAAUUGGAAAGUAACUCAUCAUGUAUAAUUUUUAAUGAGCAUGAAAAUAAAGUACAAAAUCCUACAUGCAAAACUAAUGAUUUUAAAGAAUUCAAAAAUCCUUAUAUAUCGUGGAAUGUUCAAGAAAAUCGAUUUUUUGCUAUCAGCACUUUUGAUAUAAGUCAUAAAGGUAACAAAGAUAGUGAUGUUAACGGGAUCAGAAAAAUAAGAAUAUAUGAUAGAAACAAUGAAUGGAAUAUACAUACUACAGUGGAGUAUACACAAAAUUUGAUGAGGCCCAUAUGUUGGCGGCCCGAUUAUAGCGACCUAUUAACAACUAUAUCCAAACCGGAAACACCCUAUUUUAACUUGACAUUUUUUGAAAAUAAUGGCCUAAAACUCGGGGGGUUUGAUUUAAAUCAAUACCGAUCAUGCGAAUUUAAUUUUUUAAAUGGCGCUGAAACAACAUACAAUUCUGUUGAUAAAGGUGAUGCUAUCAGAGAAACUGGCGAAAUUAUUCUUAAAAUUGGGUGGAACGUUUGUAAAUAUUCGGGUCAAGAUCCCAUCGUAUUAGCUAUCCUGAUUGCCACUGAGAUGAAUCUCGUGAAAACUGAUGGAUUAGCACCUAACGGCGAAAUAUUAUGUGGAGAAAAUAGAGAAAGGGAAAAUGAAGGAGGAUAUAGCGAUACGAGAAUCGAAUUAUGGACCAGCAAAAAUUAUCACUGGUAUUUGAAGGGUGUACUUAGUCGCAAAUACGAUACAACCGUACCUAUCAAAGGUGAUGAUAAAAUUGAUUACAUACGCGAUUUCAUAUGGGACACUGAGGAACCGCUUAGAAUACAUACCAUAACUCGGCAAGGCAUCUACAGCAGUUACACAUGGGCCAGUCAUUUCGAUGUUCAUUAUUCUAGCGUCUGCGAUAACAAGGGGCUAGAGUCGGAAGUGAUUAACAUGUUAGUGAUAGAGGGUUGCAAAUUAUUGGUCACCCCUAUCAAUUACAUGAUCAUGCCGCUCCCGUAUUACGCUUACUCCUUGGAUUUCGAUGCCCCAAUCAAUUACAUCACUUAUAUGGACCCACAAAAUAACCACAACGUAUGCGAAGUGGUUGCUAAAAAUUUUACAGAAAGGUCUAUUUGCUCUAAUUUGUUAUUCGUUUUUCUCGUCGAUUCUACGUUCCAAAUCUUUCGCCUUGUGUCACGUGAGACCUACGAUAACGAAACGUUACUACUCUCUGAACAGAUGACUAUAUCUCCCCAAGCCAAGACGAAUUUGCUCAGAAACAAUGUCCCCAUGUACAUACCUCAUGUAAAAGUAUGCUCAAUUAAUAGUAUAGGUUCUGCGAUAUAUUCCGUCUCUAAUAUCUUAGCCCGGUAUCGAAAUCAAAAUGAUUUCGAUCGUGAGAAAGAUACCCAAAAUAUCACGUCACCCUUGAAUAUUUAUCAUUCUCUUCUUUUGCCAAAUUUUUACCGACGAGGCAAAGAUAAUCCGAUCCGCCUUGCGUUCGUCUACGUUUCCUCUAUAUACGUUUUGAAUAUUUCUGACGAUCGGAAUCAUGAUGAUGGGUCACAUCUUUCGAUCGAAUUCAUUGGGAAAAUAAAUGACGAAAAUAUCAUAGCUGGAAUACAUUGGGUAUAUGAUCCUACGAAGACGCCCGAAUUUCUCUUCGUAAUUCAGGAUGGAACCGGAAAUUUGAGCAAAUUUUAUCACAAAUUUGUUGACAACGUCGUCGUUAAACAUACAGUGAUUGAAAAUGGGGAGGAUAUUUCCGUACAUGACAGAAGGACACUUUCAAAAUUUCCAAGGUUAUGCGAAUCUUUUUCCGUUGUGGACUCUAACGGGAAAUGCUUGGGGUUAAGUCAGAAGACGAAAAGUCUGUAUUUCGAUUCCCAUGAUAAGCUAGCUACGCAGAAACCCGUAGCCUCUCAGGUGGAUUCUUAUCUCGUUUUAAAGAACUCGAUAACAUUGGAGAGUGAGCAAUAUUGUGAAUCAAAAAACUUUCAAGAUGACACACAUUUGGGAAAACAAUCGAAGCAAGAUAAUGGGAAAUUAGGGUCAUUUUGGCUCUAUUUCACCCGACAUCAAGGUUUGAUUAAUGAAUUGCAUAGCAGCUUGUUAAGCCUUGGUGACGGUCAACUUUGUAAAAGUAAAAAUGGUUUCGAAAAUUCUAAAGAUUACCGAACAGUAUCUAAUCAUGUGCGUAAAAGCAUAGAAGCUCAUUCCACGCUUGUUUGCAUUGCUAAAGAAUCGAGUAGGAUUCUGCUAUUGGCUCCUAGGGGUAAUUUUGAAGUGGUGUAUUCGAAGUCUUUAUUAAUCGAUGAAAUAGAGUGCCUGCUUGCUAAAUUUCCGGUCCCCCUCUUUCGCCAAGCCUUCGAACGCGCAAAAAAACACCGAUUACCAUAUGAUCUCCUAUUAACCUCCAUACUCACUAAAUACGAAGGUCACUAUAGAAACACGACAGAUAUCGAACAUCGCCAUUUAAACCAUCUAAAAAAUAUGGUAACUGGUAUAGGUGGCGCUGAAGGGAAAAACGAUAACGAUUUGAGCCUGCUUUUGGCUAAUCUCACAUUCCAAAAAUUACCCAAUUCACGCUUUCAUGGCGAUCAUCCCGCCCACGUUAACAUGGAUGAUUAUAAAAACGAGUUUUAUUCUUCGGUGAUUGACGUUAUUACCCAAAGGAGGGAAGCGAUAUCUCGUGAUUCGAAUUUGAAUGAGACGAAAUGGACGACAAUUCCUCCAUAUUUUCUAUCGUUCCUGACCUCUUGCGCUAAAAAACAACCGCCAGAUUUUAAAACCCCUCUUAAAUACUUGAAUAAAUUUUCAUCUUUGGACAGUGUUUCUAGCAGUCUAAAUCUUUCUUCCAAAGGAGUAUCUCACUUACUAUACUUUACGGACCCUGACACAUUGUACAAAUUGGCUCUUGCAACUUAUGACCCCUGUCUUCCCACCUUAGUUUCGAAAUACUUAGCCAUCAUUAAUCCAGAUAACACUCGGUUCAAGCCAACAAAUUUUAGUUCGGAAGAUCAAGAAGGAAAUCCUUACAAUCCCGAAACAUUGAAUGAACGCGGAGAAUCGAAAGCGUCUAAUAUCGUUGACAAUGCUUUUUACCGUAACAGCGUGAUUGACACAACCUUGGAAAGAAAGGAAAGAGCCUUGGCUAACGUUAUGCUUUCUGCUUUAUAUCGAUUAGCCAAAAUUUAUCAAAAAUAUUUUGCCGAACAAAUCGAAACAUUAAAUUUUAACAAUAUAGAUACUGAUUUCUUUUACGAAAAUCCUAUAAAUUCCUUGACCCUCCUAACUCCCGGCUCGGAAUCAAUUUUCGACAUUUUGUUGGCUGAACAAGCAGAAAAUGACCCUGAACCAGUAAAAUUUGUGACGAAAUUUGUUCUAGACAACUUUAGUAGCCAAUUUUUAUCAAGGAAGUUGGGCGUUAAGGAAGUUUUGAGAAUUUUUUUCUGGGAAAAACUUUGUUCUUUGGCGGUGUUAAGCGAGAAACCUAAGCUCAAUCAAGCUCAAAUACUCCAUUAUUCGCUUUGUUCAUUGGUUACUUUUAAAGAUCCCACCACUAACGCCAAAAUAAUCGGUUUAGAAAAAACGAUCAGUGGACGAGACGAAAAUGUUCAUCUUAAAAUUUCCGCAAGAAAAUUGGCCGAGAAUCUUCUUUACAAGAGCGGGGAUUGGUUUGGAGCCGAAUGCUUAGCGAUAUCCUCUCAUUGUGGCAAAUUUCAAAAAAACUCUAAUCAUGAAGAUAUGAAACUCAUAAUUGACUCUUAUCUGCAAAACAAACGGGACACCGAGGGAUUGUUAAAACUCUGCGAUAUACUUUUAUUGAAAUUCCGUUCGCCCUUGAAAUGUUUAAACCUUCUAGCACCAUCUCUGUCAUCUACCAUGGAAGAAAAACGCGAAUUUACUUACGAGAUAGGUAUUUGGAACAAAAUCUUUUGGCUAAUAUUAGCCCUUAGAUCCAUCAGCCCUACAUACGAAAAACGUUACGAUCAUUUAAAUACUGGUAGCGAUAAUACGGAAGAAGAACGCGAUGGGACUUUGUUUUCUUAUAGGAAGUAUUUGAACAUUCUCUGCGAUGCCGUUAUAAAUAGAUGUACCUCUCAGAAAGAUCUAACUCAUAAAAUAUUUAAGUCAUCGAACCAGCAUGUGCCAUCUUUACCUGACGAGAUAUCGGCGUUAGAAAAACGUUUUAAAACCCUACUUCAACGCCUCAAAAUCGUGAUGGGAAACAAAUUGUUAUCCAUUCCCGUGUUGGAAAAUAAUAAAGAUGACAUGUCUACGCCGUUUGACGACCUUUCUUCCACCACAUCUUCCACUAUAUCAACAAUGAGUAGUAACUCUAAGAAUUCGAAGAUGGGCUUUGUAAGUAAGGAAUUCAGCAACAAAACCUUUGAUAAUAAACCUAUGUGGGAAAUGUUGGAAGAAAGUGGCGGUAUGAUUAAGCCCCCUUCUAAAUAUUCGACGGCAUCCUCUGUCAAAUCAUCCCAACAAAAAAAAUCAACCUCCCAUAUAGCUAUCACAUCAUAUAACAUACCAAAGUUCGUCAAAAGAGCAACACUUCAGCCAGAUUCAGCAUUCGAGCAUGUAGCUCUUGUUCGCGAACUUUUAAGAAUAAGUUCACUCUUUAGAAACAGAAUCAAAGAUCAGAGUUCUCUGUUUCAUAUGGAAAUAAACGAGCUAGCUAGAACGAUUAAGCUAAUCAUUGAAGUCACGGACUAUUGUUACAUUGGCGAUGAGAACGAUGGAAACCCCAUAGAAGAUCAUAAGCCGCUCCAUAAAGAACCAAGCUUAUUAAAAGAUUCGGAAUUAAACACAUUAACUCGACCAUCGCUUAAAUCAUUGAAUAUUAGGCAUUCAUAUAGCGAUCAAAAAGCCUGCCAUCUUAAUAGUAGUUUGACAAAUUUGGGUAAAACACACCUCGAUGCACAGCUAGGAGUCAUAACUAAUGGUUUCCAAAAUAAUUUAUGGUACAUUCUAACCCUAGAUGGCGCCUUGGACUUGGAUAAAAAGGAUGCGCGAAUUAAUGAUAAUCAACAAAUAAGCAUUUAUGACCCCAUUUUACGAUUGUUGAAUUUUGUAAAAGCAUCUGACAUUAUAAAUGAUGAUCAAAAUUUAAUAUUUCCUGACUCGAAUAUUACAAAAAGCGGUUUUCGAAAACGUACAAUACACGAUCACGUGAAAACUAAUCGUUUAGAUAAUUAUGAUAUAGGAAAUGACAAUAGAUUAAAUUAUUCGGCUUUCGAUAAAGCUAGACAGCAAAUGCUCUAUAUAUUUAAAACAGAAUAUUUGGAAUUAUGGUCACAAAAAAUGCAAUAAAAAAAUUUUUUUUGAAAUUAAUUAUUUUUUUGAUUGAAUAUUUUGAUCCCAAAAAUAAUUUUAAAAAAAUCAAAAUUUCUGGUGAUAAAGAAUUUUCAAAAACAAAUAAUAUAUUAAUAAAUUAGCCCUUAAAAGAAAUUUUAUAAAAAUUUGAUAAUUUUAUAUUAAACAAGUUGAAACGCCUUUCAACGCUCAUUUCUACAAACAAUUUUGAAGAGUAAUAUCGAAGCGCGCAUGCGCUCUAAUACACACCGCAUGAUAUUUAGUUAUCAAAAAUAAAUAGUAAAUAAUACUGAAGAAAAAAAAACUAAAAUAAAACAUAUCUAUUGACUUGAAAUAUUAUUAUUAUUUUGCAAUGAUUUGGUCAAAAAUAUGU